UGUUUGUCAGGCAUUUUCUUCCUCUCUCACUCAACCCUUUUUCAUCUUUUGCUCCACUUUUGCAUUGGAACUCUUCUCUCUCUCUCUCUCUCUCUCUCUCUCUCUCUCUCUCUCUCUCUGAGAUAAUAAACUAGUAAACCCUCUUCACUCAAAGCCUCUCUCAGAGACCUGUUCAUCCCAGACACCAUAAGUGAUCUGAAGAACAUGAGCUCCUUCUUCGUUCACAGUGAUCUAUCUCAUCAGUGAUUGCGAUCAGUUGAUCCUAGAGCUUAGCAUUUAACGUUUAGCCUCUUAAACUUUUGCCCUUCGUCUCUUCUCCAUGAUCUUCCGCCCUCGCCUCUUUCCGGAGACCUCAAUCUCAGGCCGAGUAAAAGACGAGAAGAUGGUAGAGCGGUUCGAGAUGUUCUAAUUUUGAGGAUGGUCAGUGUCCUCAGAUAUAAGUUCUCUCUGAAACCCAGAAAACAAGAUCCUUUUUUUUUUUUUUUUUCGCUUUUGUUUUAUGCACUUACAAGGUUCGAAGUAGUAAAUGCAAGAAGAUCAGAUCACCUGUAAAGAACAUAGCUUUCACUUUUGCCCUCCGUCAGUUUCCUCUUUUUCUGGUAGUCUUAAGCUGUUCUUGAGCUUUCUUGCUUCAUUCCUUUGAUCUUCUAGCCUGUCCUAUUCUACUGCAUAGAAACCCUAGCUGGAAUGUUAGAAUACCCCAAAGAAAAAAGGAAGUGCUAACUUCUAUUCAUGGAGACCUAGAGAGAGAUUGAGAGAAAUUAGGGCAAUGUCCGGUUCAAGAGAUCCUGAAGCACCCACCACCAGCUCAGGCACACCAUCCUCCUCCGGUCGCAGACCACGUGGCCGCCCUCAGGGCUCCAAGAACAAGCCCAAGCCCCCAAUCAUCAUCACCCGAGACACCCCCAACGCCCUCCAAUCCCAUGUGCUUGAGGUCUCCGCCGGAUCCGACAUUGUUGACGCCAUCACGACCUAUGCCCGCCGCCGCGGCCGGGGCAUCUCCAUCCUUAGUGGCACCGGUGCCGUCACCAAUGUCACACUCCGCCAGCCCGCCACGCCGUCCGGGAGCAUCAUCACCAUGCAUGGAAGAUUCGACAUCCUUUCGCUGACGGGGACGGUGUUGCCACCUCCCGCGCCACCGGGUGCUGGGGGAUUGGCGAUAUAUCUUGCGGGAGGACAGGGGCAGGUAGUGGGUGGGAGCGUGGCUGGGCCCUUGAUGGCAUUGGGGCCAGUGGUGCUGAUGGCAGCGUCCUUUGCGAACGCGAUGUUCGAUAGGUUGCCUUUGGAGGAAGCGAGGGAGGACGCGCCGCUGGCACAAAUGCAGCCAUCGGCAUCGCAGUCGUCGGACGCGACGCCUUGUGGAGGUGAUCAAAUGGGCGAAGGGGUGAGCAGGACUAGCGCAGGUGGCGGCAGUGGGAACAGCGGCAGUUCUGUCCCGUUCUACAAUUUGGGAGGGGGAAAUUAUCCUUUCUCUAGCGGCGAUGUGUUCGGUUGGGGCAGCGGAGGCAGCGGAGGUGCAGGACGGCCUCCCUUUUAGGAUUUCCUUAUGAAGGUAAGGUGUGUGGAGGAUGAGUAUUUGAUCUGUUUGUUAAUCAAGACCUCACACACGGUGAUCAAGAAAGAGAGGAUUAAACUAGAAAUUCAAGCAUACGUCCAUACACAUCAGCUUAGAAGUCGCAAA